GUCCCAUUCCAGAUUUUAUUUUUGUGAACGUCUUAUGACUCUUAUCAUUUUCACGUGUGUCUCGUAGAAGCCCAUAAUUCGAAGCUUUUGAUUUUUCGCAAAAAAGUAUGAGUCGUUUUAUCCAUAUACUUCAAGAAACUCAGAAUCCCACCCACACAACAAUCAACAUAUACUUCAAAUAGUAAGAGCUCAGUUAGCCUACCGAUCAAAACGAAAAAUGGAAGCUCUGUGUCAAGUAUUUGCGUCUGCUUUGGCGCUUGCGGCGUUGAUAUACACAUGGAAAUUACUGAGUUGGGCCUACAUCACGCCCAAGAGGCUGGGAGAAGCCCUCAGGAAGCAGGGGUUCAAAGGUAAUGCCUACAAAUUGGUGUAUGGCGACUUGAAGGAACUGACGCAGUUGAGCAUGGAAGCCAGGAGCAAGCCCAUCAAUCUUGAUGAUGAUAUCAAGAAUAGAGUUGCGCCCUUUAUCGUCAACACUAUUCACAAACAUGGAAAUGAGUCGUUUAUUUGGCUUGGGCCAAGGCCUUCCAUUAUCCUUACUGAUCCAGAGCUAGUUAAGGAGGUGCUGAGCAAGAGUUAUCUGUACCUGAGGCCGGAGAACAGGAAUCCGAUGACGAAGCUGCUGCUACAAGGACUUGCGAGCUAUGAGAAAGAUGAAUGGGCCAAGCACAGGAAAAUCAUCAACCCUGCUUUCCAUCUUGAGAAAUUGAAGCUCAUGAUUCCGGCCUUCUAUAUGAGUUGUGAUGAAGUUCUGAAAACGUGGGAAAAGAAUGUUUCAUCGGAAGGAUCUUAUGAGGUGGAUGUAUGGCCUUAUUUACAAAAUCUAACGGGCGAUGCAAUAUCAAGAACUUCAUUCGGUAGCAGCUACCAAGAAGGGAGGAGAAUAUUCGAGCUUCAAAGAGAACAGGUUGAGCACAUCAUCCAAGCUCUGGGCUCUGCAUACGUUCCGGGAUUGAGAUUCUUGCCCACCAAAAGGAACCGGAGAAUGAAACAAAUUGAAAGAGAAGUUCAGUCAACAAUUCGAGGCCUCAUUAGUAAAAGGAUCGAGGCUAUGAAGACGAGGGAGGCUAGACAUGAUGAAGACUUACUAAGUAUAUUGUUGGCGUCCAACUUCCAAGAAAUCGAGGAAGGUGGUAACAAGAGUUUUGGGAUGACCAUAGAUGCAGUAGUAGAGGAGUGCAAGCUGUUCUAUUUCGCUGGGCAGGAGACUACCUCCGUGUUGCUUGUUUGGACACUGGUUUUACUGAGUAGAUAUCCCGACUGGCAGACACGAGCCAGGGAAGAGGUUAUGCAAGUCAUUGGUAACCGAACGCCAGAUUUUGAUGGCCUGAAUCGGCUUAAGAUUGUUACGAUGAUUUUGCACGAGGUGCUGAGGCUUUAUCCACCGGUAAUAGCUCUUGGUCGGAGAACCAGCGAGGAAACCAAGUUGGGGAAAUAUACCUUACCAGCCGGAGUUCAGCUUUCACUGCAAAUUAUUGUAUUGCAUCACGACACGAAAACUUGGGGAGACGAUGCGAUGGAGUUCAAUCCACAGAGAUUCAGUGAAGGAGUGGCCAAGGCGCAGAAGGGUCCAGGUUUGUUUUACCCUUUUGGCUGGGGACCUCGAAUAUGUAUAGGGCAAGUGUUUGCAAUGCUGGAGGCGAAAAUGGCGGUGGCCGUGCUUCUAAGAAGCUUCUCGUUCGAGCUUUCUCCGGCGUAUACGCAUGCGCCUCUCAAUUUGAUUACUACUCAACCUCAGCAUGGUGCUCACCUGCUCCUGCACAAGCUCUAGAUUUUCAGUGUUGUAUAGCUAUUAUUAUUAUAGUUGUUUCAUAAUUUUUCUACACAUAGCUCUUCUUGAUGCAUAAUAUAUUGUAUAGCCCUAAACCCUUUUGAGAUUUGGACUUUAUAUUGCAAUAAAUCAUUAAUUGCUCAA